GUCCCCAUUGUCCCCAGGUGCCAUGGCGGGCCAGAUGCGCAGUGCCAGUGGCAGUGAUGGGGUCAUACCGUGUCCCUAACCCCAUGUCCCAUUGUCACCACUGUCCCCAGGUGCCAUGGCGGGCCGGAAGCACGGUGCUGGUGGCAGUGAUGGGGUCAUACCGUGUCCCUGACCCUGUAUCUGUGUGUCCCCAGGUGCCAUGGCAGGCCGGAAGCGCGGUGCCAGCAGCAGUUCCGCCGGUCCCGGUGACCGUGGUGGCCCCGCGCCGUGGCCGGAGGAGCUGGGCGAGCGCGAGCAGGGCCUGUACUCGCUGCACCGCAUGUUCGACAUCGUGGGCGCGCAGCUGACGCACCGCGACGUGCGCGUGCUCUCCUUCCUGUUCGUGGACGUGCUGGACGAGGCCGAGCGCGGCCGCAUCCGCUCCGGCCGCGACUUCCUGCUGGCCCUGGAGCGCCAGGGCCGCUGCGACGAGAGCAACCUGCGGCAGCUGCUGCAGCUGCUGCGCAUCAUCACCCGCCACGACCUGCUGCCGUAUGUCAGCCUCAAGAGGAGACGGCCCGUGUGCCCGGACCUGGUGGACAAGUACCUGGAGGAGACGUCCAUCCGCUACGUCACCCCCCGCGCGCCCGGGGGGGCCCCGCCCGGCCUCGGCCACCCCCACAAAUCAGUGCCUGCCCCCCACCCGUCGCUGUGCUGCCCCCCGGGGGGGCCCCAGCUGGGCCCCAAACGCCCGGGCCGGGCCCGGAGCCUCCUCGGGACCCACCGGAAACGCAGGAAGUCG